UGUAUGAUGUAGCUCCAUAAAACAAUGUACUUUUAAGUGCAAUCAUAUUUCUCCUAUCAUGCACUUUGGUGACAUUUAGUCAUGCAAUCAUAGUAUCUUUGGAGUACUGAUCUUUCUGGAUUUGCAUAUAAAACACUUUAACCUGCAACUAAGAACACCUAAUUCUACAUAAUGUGUCAAAAGCCAGGGCAAAGAGGUGUGUCUUCAGCAUUCAAGGUGCCAGACACACCUGUGUGGAGACAGUUCCACAACUUAGGCACUUCCACAGAGAAUGCCCUCUUCUGGACCACCACCUGGAAACCUCUGAGGGCAGAGGAGCUACUAAGAGAGUCCCAUCAGCCAAUCUUAGCACUUAAGAGGUUCUGAAGGGAAUCACAGAAGUUGGAAAGGACUGCGAGGGUCAUCUCGCCCAACUCACUGCAAUGCAAGAAUCUCAACUAAAUCUGUCAGAUAUUUGUGGGCUUCAAACACUAACGUGACCACCUUGAAUUGGGCAUGGAAAUGAACUAGCAAACCGUGCAGCUGUUUUAAAAUGGGUUCUAACAGAGAUCUAACAUAACUCAAGCCAAAGAUCUGGCUGUUGCAUUUUAAACCAACUGAAGCUUCUUCAUCGUCUUCAAGGGUAACCCCACAUAGAGGACAUUGCAAUAAUCCAAGCCUGGAAGCUACCAGGGCAUGGAGUGCAGUGGCCAAGUCGAAAAGACGUUGUAGCUGGUCAAUCAGCUGCAGCUGAAAGAAGGCAUUCCUAGCCACCGAGGAUGCCUGAGCUUCCAGCAGCAGUGUUGGAUUCAGCAGCACCCCUAAACUGCAAUCCUGCUUGUUCCAGGGGACUGUAACUGUAUCCAGGGCAGGUCACUUCCCCACCUCCCAGACGUGAGAACUCAGGACACAUGAAACUUCUGUCCUUUCAGGAUUAUCAUCGUUUUAACUGGAGAUACCAGAGAUAUCCUGAGAGAUAUAACUGGAGAUAUCCUGGUACUUUCUUCAUGCAAAAACAUGUGCUUCAUUGUCAAGUUUUUGAUGCAAUGGGAAUCUAACAUUAUUGAGGGAGAAAUACUAGUAGAUGGCAUUGCACUGCAUGGCAACUCAGGACUGCAGGAAAGAAUGGACAAGAGCAGGUCAAAUUGUGCAAUUUUUCCUUAUAUAAAGUGCAGUGGAAGGAGGAAGCAGCAGCAUUCAUUGACCAUGGGAAUGAAGUUUCUUGAACUGAGCAGAUUCGGUUCCAGAAUCAUCCCUGGCACCAUCCCUGGCACACAAGGGGGCAAGGAGGUGCAGUUAGUAUUUCUCCACAAGGAGCAACAAGUCUCGGCUGCAGGCAAAUGUAAGAGAGCCAAUCUGUCUUUUGAUCUAGCUUCUCUGUCUCACUAGCAGCCAAUCACACGGCUGCAUGCUCCAAAGGUAGCUGCCAUGGUAACCAUGUAAACAGUUUCUUGUUGAAGCAGCAGCUGUUGAGAGAAACAGGCGCUGCAGUGAAUGUUUCUUUUUGGGGCUCAGAUUUUAAACUGAUAUCCCAGUGGCCCAGGCACUGAGCUGGUCCUAUUUUUUCAGAGCUCUCUACCCCAAGCCCUUCCCCACAUUAUCCUCUUCCAUAGUGGUAACUGUGGUUGCUGCUUAUUCUAGUGUUUUGUCCCACCAGAAGGCAGAUACAACGCUCAACCAUGUCCAACACUACCGCAGGCAACCUGAUCAACAGGAGCAGGAAACAGAGCAUCAUCAUCAAUAAGACCUCAAAAGAGCAGAGCACAGUGAAGAAGUUAGCAUCGUCCUCAGCUUCUGGUAGGAAAAUGAGCUUCACCAGCACCAUGCUUGCUAGCAGAGUUGGAUCACUGGCUCGCAGGAGCAUCCUGAUUUCUUCAGAGGGAAAGUCUUUCGAAAGGGGCUCCAUAGCAGGUUGCAAACCUCCUAUCCAGGUUUUUGAUGACAUAGGAAAAGAUGUGACUCCCCGUCCACUCUACCAACCUGAGCCAAGUGUUGCUGGACCCACCCCCGGGCCCAUGCACAGACCAAGCAAAAUCUUAUCAACCCAAGAUUUUGCUGGGGCUGUGCCAACAGAAUUCUUGUCAUCCCUCUCUCUGCAACAAGCGUCUGGGACAAGUAUUAGUUUAGCAGGCCCAUUCUCCAGAACUUAUGGUAGUAGCAGUAUUACAAAGUCUACUACUUCUACUGAAUCAUUGGCAGAAGAAAUAAUAGAACCUGGAACCAGACAUGAAGCGCUUGCUAGUUUUAUAGAUGUUCAGGUUAGGCGAGAGGCAGUGCCAGAGUCACUGACAAAGCGAGACCUGGAAAAGCGUGUGGAUAUUUUCCUUACAGAGACAGAAACAAUUUGGUUAUUUGACAUGCCAACUGUCAUGCUGUCGACAGAGUCUGAGGAAGCCGACUCUGUGAGAAAAAAGAACGUAGCUUAUAUGGAACUCUGUAAAAACAGAGCUGGCAAUGACCGAUAUGUCAACAGAAUGAUGCAAACUAUAGGCGGUGCACCAAAGACUAAGGAAAUGCAAUGUGACAAAAUUAUCAUGGAUGACAAAGAGAUAAUGGCCACUACCUGGGAUUUGUAUGAUUCCUUUAAUGCAUUGGAAGCAGCUAUCGCAGAAAAAAGUAUCAGACCAGUAAGUGUGACCAGCAGUAAGUCAACUCUAUACAGGGAACGCGACAGAGCCAUGUCCGUAGCUUCUGUAGGGAGAGAAAGCACUACAAGUUCCAUCAUUGACUUGGAAAGUGUAAUUCUCUCCCGGAUUCACGAAGAGAUAGAAGACCACUCAGAAGCUAUACUGAAAUCUGAAAAAUUUAAUCAAGAUUUGUUUUAUAUGGAGAGGGUCCUAAUGGAGAAUAUUUUCCAGCCCAAACUUGCAGCUUAUCGGCAGCUUCCUGUCCUCCUAGAGCCGACCGUCAAAUCUGAACAUAGCCUUUCUAUAUUUGAAGAGGAAUCCAUAAAGGAGGAAGAGGAGGAAGAGGAGGAUGCGCUCUCAGUUAGGUCAUCACUUCUGUUAGACUUUAGUUCAGGACGAGAGGAAAUCCUACCACCUUAUAUAGAAUGCUUGUGGACCUAUGCAUGUGAUUUGAUGAGAGGAAACAAUGUGAGCUGCCUAGCUUGGAACAAAGUGAAUCCUGAUCUACUGGCUGUUGGUUAUGGAAAGUUUCGUUUUAAAGAACAGAAGAAAGGCUUGGCUUGCUGCUGGUCACUGAAGAACCCAACGUGGCCAGAGCGUGUCUAUCAAUCUCCUCAUGGAGUAACUGCAUUGGAUUUCUCUCUAGCCAAUCCAAACCUCUUAGCAGUUGGAUUGUACAAUGGGACAAUUGCAGUCUACAAUGUCCAGACCCAUCAUACAACUUCAGUUUUAGAUACCAGCGAAUCUUACGAUAAACACUUGGGCCCUGUGUGGCAGCUGAGGUGGGUUGAGCAGGACAGGGGAAUAACAGGAGAAGACAAAGGGGAGAUACUAGUCUCCAUAUCAGCAGACGGCAGAGUGACUAAGUGGUUUGUUCGGAAAGGAUUAAGCUGCAAUGAUCUGAUGAAACUCAAGCGAACAGCAAGUGACAAGAAAAAGGGAGGGGCAGAAAAGAAAAGUGAAGCACUGAUAUCUCGACAAGCUCCAGGAUUAUCCUUUGAUUUCCAUCCAAAGGACACUAAUAUAUACUUGGUUGGAACUGAGGAAGGUUUUAUUCACAAAUGCUCUUGUUCUUACAAUGAGCAGUACUUGGAGACCUACAGGGGACACAAAGGCCCGGUGUACAAGAUAGCAUGGAAUCCAUUCAGUACAGAAGUGUUUCUAAGUUGUUCUGCGGAUUGGAGUAUUAUAUUGUGGCGCGAGGAUUCAGUCCGUCCUGUUUUGACUUUCAGUUCCACUGCCAAUGUCAUUUAUGACAUAGUGUGGUCUCCCAAUUCAGCAUAUGUGUUUGCAGCAGCGAACGAAACCAGGGUGGAAAUCUGGGAUCUUAGCGUCAGCACCCUGGAUCCCCUGAUUGUGCAUCCUGCCACUGGAACUGUGAAAUUCACGGCUGUGCUUUUUGCCAAAAACGCAGAUUGCCUUCUAAUUGGUGACAGUGAAGGAUCAGUCACCGUGUACGCACUAAGAAAUAUGAUCCCUUCAGACAGGAAGAAGGUACGUUCUGCAGCAUUAAAAGCUGAAGUAGCCUACGCCAACCAGGGGCCCUUCUAACACCUGAGCCCUACUGCUGAUUCACAUGUGUGUAGUGCGUUAAUCAGUGUCCCUAUGUUAAUCAGUUGGACUAUGCUCUGUUUAGGUAGGCUUGCCAUAUGUCAGGAAAAUUCCUGACAUGUCCUGGUUUUUGGGUGUAAAAAUGGAGUUUGGGGGGGGAUUCGAGGUCACUCCCAAUUUUGGUGGGAACAACCUUGUGGGUGUCAGGAAUUUUACUUUUUGAAAUACAGUGACCCUAGUUUAGGUGCUGCGACUAUGCCACAGCGUUCUACUACAAAUGCCUCACUAUACAUAUUCAAGUUAUGAGCGCUGGGAAUGGUAUGGUAAUAGGGUGGGACCAUCCACGAAUGAGGUCGGAACAUAGCUUGGCAAAUGGCGGAGUUUUUGCCUAAUAAGUCAAAGGCACGCUAGCAAAGCAGCCUGCAGAAGGACUAGCCAUUCAUGAAAGGCACUGCUGCUUAAACUUAUGUUCAGCGGCAUUCAUGUGCAGAAGCCGGCGUAAGUGGCUUAUUUUAUUCCUCAGCGGUAAAAGGUAAAGGUAAAGGU